AUGGCCGAGAGUCCAAGCAUUUCCGUGAAGAAAGCGCCUGCCGAUGCAAUGCUUGUGACUUUUUUCCUGAAGGACGAGGUAAAAGAUUGGGCAAUUGUGGACGAGGUUGAUAAUGAGGUGGAGGAACGAGGAACGAGAAAAGGGGCCACUGAGUGGGCUGCGAAGCGAUGGUGUUUUUAUGGAAAAUGGGUUGUUGGAGGAAAGGUGUUCGGGCCCCGAGGAGGAAGUAAUAGAUGGGGCAACACUGAUAAAGAAGUAGAGGAAUGGGGAAGGGGGGUGUUAAGUCGACUGCGAAGCAAUGGUGCUUUCAUGGAAAACGCGUCAUCAUCGUCGGAAGGGUUCGAAGGUUACAAAACCCAUCCUUCGAAGAGGAAACCGACGGAGGCUAGUUCAGGAUAUAAGGGAGGAUCGAUGAUCACAGGGCCUAGCGAAGUCGAACUGAAAAACCGAAAUGGUAUCCGCGUUAUUGAAAGAGUCUCUGGCAAUUGCUCGAACAGCAAGGCUCGCAGAUACCACUCACCGCCAACAGAAUCCACUUUCACCCGCAUUCCGGGAGCCAGUAACGCUGCCGGGGGUUCCGGUAGCCUGGUUGUCGUUGCAGUAGAGAUGUGGGCCGAACCUUCGUCCUCCGGAGGAAUCAACGCAGGAAGGUCCAUGUCCCCAGAUAGAAGAAAUCGGAGGCGGAAGAUGAUGACUUGGAAAUAG